UUAUUAAGCUCAAGUUAUUAUCAUCAAGAAAGCGGUGAAUUACAAAGUGAUUAAGCUUAAUUAUUAGUACAAUAGAGGAAGAUUAUAACUAUUUUAUGAGCUCAAUGAAUUCAAACAAUUGGCUAUCUUUUCCUCUUUCUCCUACUCAUCCUUCACAUCUUCAAUCCACCAAUUCACAACCUCAUCAACAAUUCUCCUUAGGCCUUGUCUCCGACAUUGACAACCCCUUCGGCCAAGCUCAAGAAUGGAACUUGCUCAACUCACAAGGCGCUAACGAGGUCCCUAAGAUAGCAGAUUUCCUAGGAGUAGGAAAAUCGGAAAGUCACCAUGAUUCGCCGGAUCUGUCAGCAUUUAGUGACAUGGGCCAAGGCAGUGAAUCAGAUUAUCUAUUCUCCGGCAACAACGGGUUACUCGCGGUGCAAAACACCGUGGCAGCAGCUAGUAACACUAGCGAAUAUGAUCAAUACCAAGAUAACUCGAAUAACUGCUUGCAAUCAUUAACGUUAUCCAUGGGAAGUAGUGGGCAGCAACAGCAACAACAACAGCAGCAACCUUCUAGCACUAAUAAUUGCGAAACGAGUGGUGACAAUGUUAGCACCGCCGCCACUGGCGCUGCCUCGACUGCUGCCACUGUCACCACCGCGAUUACUCCUGUGGUUGAGGCUACUCCUAGGAGGACACUUGACACUUUUGGGCAAAGAACUUCUAUUUAUAGAGGUGUUACUAGGCAUAGGUGGACGGGAAGAUAUGAAGCUCAUCUUUGGGAUAAUAGUUGUAGAAGGGAAGGACAAUCAAGGAAGGGUCGUCAAGUGUAUCUUGGAGGGUACGAUAAGGAAGAGAAGGCCGCAAGGUCUUAUGAUCUAGCUGCAAUCAAGUAUUGGGGAACAUCUACCACCACAAAUUUUCCAAUAAGCAACUAUGAGAAAGAAGUAGAAGACAUGAAACACAUGACUAGACAGGAAUUCGUAGCAGCUAUUAGAAGGAAGAGUAGUGGGUUCUCUAGAGGUGCAUCAAUUUAUCGUGGUGUAACGAGGCACCAUCAACAUGGGAGAUGGCAAGCAAGAAUCGGAAGAGUAGCGGGGAACAAAGAUCUCUAUUUGGGAACUUUUAGCACAGAAGAGGAGGCUGCGGAAGCUUAUGACAUCGCGGCCAUCAAGUUUAGAGGCCUCAAUGCUGUGACAAACUUUGACAUGAGCCGGUACGAUGUCAAGGCCAUCCUAGAGAGCAACACCCUACCCAUAGGAGGAGGAGCCGCCAAGCGCCUUAAGGAAGCUCAAGCCAUAGAAUCUUCUAGAAAGAGGGAGGAAAUGCUUGCCCUAAGCAAUAGUACUUACCCAUAUAGAGCUAGUAGCUCAACCUCGAGCCGGUACGGGGCCCACCAACAAGCCACUCAUGCUUACCCUUUACUACCAUACCACCAACAAGACACCCAACCACAACCUUUGCUAACCCUACAAAACAACCAUGGUCAAGAAAGUAACAACAACAUUUCCCUUUCACAUUACUCUCAAGAAGCUCAAUUCUUGCAAUUGUACCAACAAUCAAGUUACUCAAACCCUAGUAUCAUGUACAAUAAUUAUCUCCAAACUAACCCUAGUUUGCUACAUGGGUUUAUGAACAUGGGCUCAAACUCUGGUGUCAUUGAUACUAACAACAAUGGUAGUUCAAGUGGGAGCUAUAGUGGUGGCGCCUACCUUGGAGGCGGGGCCGGGAUCAAUGGCAUGGGGUCCGCCUCCUCGACAAGUAACCCUGUGGGAGCCGGCGAUACUGAGCCUCUUGCAUUGGUGAAGGUGGACUAUGACAUGCCUUCUGCUGGUGGUGGUGGAGGAAGUUAUGCAGGGUGGUCGACGGAGACGGUUCAAGGACCGAAUAAUGGAGUCUUUGCAAUGUGGAAUGACUGAUGAUCAAAUUAUCAGGGAUAAUUUUGCAUUGUUAGUUGACAAGUUUUUGCAUGGAGGAGGGGAAAUAUGAAGGGAUUUAGAGUUACAUUUUUAGUUGCUUUAUUUUUAUUUUUUGUGUGUUUUAACCUUGGAAUCAAGCCUUAUAAAAAAAAGAAAGAAAAAACAAAAGUAAAAUGUUAAGUGGAUGGAUAGGUUCAUUUUCAAUGGGAAAGCUAAAUGAGAGAUUAUGGUUCAA